GCCAUGUCGCCCGUGCCCGCCUCCCGCCUGCUGCUGCUGGCUGCCGCGGUGCUGGCCACCGCCGCAGCCGCCGCCGCCGCCAGCUCGGCCAAGCCCGCCCGCCUGGUGCGAGGUCAGGAGGAGUGGCCCGAGAGCGUUGGCUGUCCCACCGGCUACGUGCCUGACCUGCGGCCUAAAGCGCUCAAGCAAAAGCGGCCAGGUCACGUGGUGUGCGCCAAGGGCAACAUCCAGAACUGUGUGAUCGGCACCCACUGGUACGUGCUGGACCGACGCUUCUGCUUCAAGUGCACCUGCGUCAACGGCAAGGCCGACUGUCUGGAUCACGAAUGCCCGCCACCCAAACCUGUCUGGCCCACGCGCCAACGCUACCAGUGCAGGAGAGGGGCCGAGAAGGUGUGCCCCAGCCGUGACUGCAAGUUUCUUUCCCGUGACCAUCGCUGCGUCUUCUGCGACUGCGGCGGCAGUGGCCGCUAAGCCGCCGGCCGGGCGCCUGACCCAGCCAGCGGCGCAGCGGACCGCUUCGCACAACUCUACAGACUGUGAAGGCGGCAUUUGUCGGAGUUUUGAGAAUUCCUGCUGGCCCAGGAAUAUUCUGUCAUUGAACUUCAUGCUUUUCGAGUACGGCUGGCGGCAAACAAGAGGGCGCUGGCAGCGGCUCAGUACAAAAGACGUGGCUCGGCAUCACCCGUGAGCUCUGGCAGUAAAACGGUGAUGUCAUUUGCCGAUCAAUUUGCUCGCACAUCAUAUGUUUACCGCAUUUAUUCUGCUUGUUGAUUCGUGGUUUCAAUGUGAAUACAGUGGAGAUCGCCACCCAAUACACAUUUGCCUUGAAUACGGCACUCGAUUAAAGUUAUCAGC